GUACGCGUCUGUCGAGAACUCCUCACUUCUUCUACUGCUUCACACAUUCACCGCCCCUGGGACGACAAGGCCACGGUCACAUAACAAAGGAUCAAUAUGACAUCUUUGUCUAAUAUCAUAUACUCCAUCUCGGAGUCUGCGUACUCGCUGUCCUCGCUCGACUUCUCCCGCCCUGAAAACUUCACGACAGCAGUGCUCCAGCGCGGGAACGUGACCUCUCUCAUUCGUGACGUCGAUGCCGAUGAGCGACAGCUACUGAUGGUUGACCGGACCGAGAAGCGCGUAAUGCUUCGGCAUGGGUCUAAUGCGGGCGCAGCGGCGGGCGGAAGAGAUCAGACAAAGCUUAGCGCGGUUACUCCGCUUCGAAAGCGAAUGGAGGAGAAUCCAGAUUUGGAUAUAGACGAGAUUUGUGCCGAGCUUGGACGUUUGCUAAAGAUAUAUCCGGCUGCGGUCGAAAUCGAGGACCGACUAAACUACUAUAAGGAGCGCGCAAAUGCGCUGAAGGAGUCGAUUGCGCAAAACGAGCAGCUCGUGGAAAAUCAAAAGCAGCAGCUGAACGCUCUUCAUUCGUCUACAAACUACCCGUACUCUGACUCAUGAGGGAUCAGCAUAACGUAUGCAUGGGUGUGACGAAUAAUGUGUAUGACUAGUUUCUGGAGGAUUGUUGGUGUCUUGCGUAUAAGACUUAGAAAACAGAUUUCGGUUUACGGAUAUUGGGAUAUAAUGGUUGAUUAUGCAAUAAAUAUAGUUACAAUCUAAAACAUUAAUAAAUACAAA